AUGGUGAUCUCAAUAAGGGAAGUGGAUCCUGUCUUCAAAGGGGCAGGCCAAAAGGAUGGACUGGAGAUAUGGCGAAUCGAAAAGUUGCAGGCUGUUCCUGUUCCCAGGGAAUCACAUGGGAAAUUUUUCACAGGAGAUUCUUAUAUAAUAUUAAAGACGUCCGCCCUCAAAAAUGGUUCUUUUUGUCAAGAGAUCCAUUAUUGGCUUGGGAAAGAUACCAGUCAGGAUGAAGCUGGUAUAGCUGCAAUCAAGACUGUGGAACUGGAUGCUGCUCUUGGUGGACGUGCUGUACAAUACCGUGAAGUACAAGGAAAUGAGACUGAAAGAUUUCUUUCAUACUUUAAACCUUGUAUCAUACCAGUGGAAGGUGGAGCUGCAUCUGGUUUUAGGCAGGCUGUAGUCAAUGAGCGGGAGUAUGUGGCACGAUUAUUUGUCUGCAAAGGAAAACACACUGUCCAGGUUAAAGAGGUUCCUUUUGCACGGGCAUCACUGAACCAUGAUGACAUACUUAUCUUGGAUACUAAGUCAAAGAUAUUCCAAUUCAAUGGAUUGAAUUCGAGUAUUCAAGAGAGGGCUAAAGCCCUGGAGGUUGUGCAAUACCUCAAAGAUGCCAACCAUGAAGGAAAAUGCGAUGUGGCUGUGGUUGAUGAUGGAAAGUUGAUGGCAGACGCUGAUGCUGGUGAGUUUUGGGGUCUCUUUGCUGGAUUUGCUCCUCUGCCAAAAAAGACAUUUUCUGAGCUCGAUGGAAAAGAUAAUGAUUUCCCUUCAAAGCUGCUCAGUGUAAAUGAGGGCCAAACAUUUCCCUUGGAUUGUGAAGAUCUAACAAGAGAGCUGCUAGAUUCAACAAAAUGCUACUUUCUGGACUGUGGAUCUGAACUUUAUGUCUGGAUGGGUAGAGAAACAGUACUUGAAGAUAGGAAACAAGCAGGACUGGCCGCUGAGGAGUUACUCCGUGAAGGAAAUCGGCCAAGAUCUCACAUCAUUCAUCUCAUGGAAGGAUUUGAGACGGUUAUAUUCCGGUCGAAGUUCAGUAAAUGGCCCAAGAAAGUUGAGACAGUUGUGUCAGUUGAAAGCAGAGGAAAAGUUGCAGCCCUUCUGAAGCGCCAAGGAUUUAAUGUUAGGGGUGUGGCAGAAGCUGCUCCUUUGAAGGAAGAGUCUCAAGCUCACAUUGACUGCACAGGAAACUUACAGGUUUGGCGUGUAAAUGAUUGUGAAAAGACGUUCCUUUCGUUCUACGAACAAUGCAAGUUCUACAGUGGAGAUUGCUAUAUCUUCCAAUAUAGCUACCGUGGUGGUGAUGGCGAGAAUUGUCUUAUCGGUACUUGGUUUGGCCAGAAGAGUAUUGAGGAGGAGAGGAGUGCAGCCACUUCCCUUGCUCAUGCGAUGGUUGAUUCACUAAAAUUCCAGGCAGUUCUGGUUCGCCUUUAUGAAGGAAAGGAGUCCAUGGAGUUCUUUACUAUAUUUCAGAACUUGGUUAUAUUCAAGGGUGGUGCUAGUACUGGAUACAAAAAAUAUGUCUCAGAAAAUGGCACUGAGGAUGAUACAUAUUCGGACAACGGUGUUGCACUUUUCCGGGUUCAAGGUUCAGGACCGGAAAAUAUGCAAGCGAUUCAAGUUGACACGGCAGCACCAUCGCUGAACUCUUCUUAUUGUUACAUACUACAUGAUGGAGACACACUAUUUACUUGGGUUGGGAACCUAAGCUCCUCAAUGGACCACGGGCUUGCCGAGAGGCAGCUAGAUGUGCUCAAGCCAAAUCUCCAGUCAAGAUUGCUCAAGGAAGGAUCAGAAUCUGAUCAAUUUUGGAAGUUACUUGGAAGCAAGUGUGAGUACCCAAGGCAGAAGAUUGCGAGAGAUCAAGAAAGUGACUCUCGUUUGUUCUCUUGUACCUUUUCAAAAGAAAUUAAUGGUGGUCUGCUGAUGUUGCAGGCUAGAGAGGUAUUCAAUUUUACACAAGAUGAUAUGAUGACAGAGGACAUAUAUAUUUUGGACUGUCAUUCAUGUCUCUUUAUAUGGGUUGGACAACAUGUGGACACAAAUAUACGAGCACGUGCUUUGAGCAUUGGAGAGAAAUUUAUUGAACUUGACAUUCUAAUGGAAAACUUGUCACAAGAAACGCCACUUUAUGUUAUCACUGAAGGAAGUGAGCCCCAAUUUUUCACAAGGUUCUUCUUCACUUGGGACUCUGCAAAAUCAGCUAUGCAUGGUAACUCAUUUGAACGGAGGCUGUCUAUAGUGAAGAAUGGAGUAAAACCAAUAAGAGAUAAGACUAAAAGAAGACCGGCAUCAUCAUCACACACUGGAAGAUGCAUUGUACCUGAUAAACCUCACAGGAGAACUACGUCUUCCAGUCCUGACCAUGUAAGAGUUAGAGGAAGGUCGCCAUCAUUCACUGCAUUGGCUGCCAACUUUGAGAACCCAAAUGCCCGAAAUCUGUCAACUCCACCUGUUGCUACAAAGCCGUCUCCAAGGACGACUCCAAGGACUUCCCCUGAACCUGUGAAGUCACACCAGAGGUCUGAAUCAAUCGCUGCAAUCUCCGCUUUGUUCGAGCAGCCUAGGCGAAAUCUGAUACCGAAGUCAAGGAAAGGUCGUGCUGUAAACAAACACCAACCUGAAGCAAGCAAACCUGAACCAGAGGCAAAUGCCAAGGAGACCACCCCUGCUGUGGAGGAUGGGCAGACUGUAACUCCAGCGAAACAGGAAGAUGCAAAGGAGGGUCAACCGGAAGGCGUGGAAGGGCUUCCUGAGUACCCUUAUGAUCGCCUGAGGACAUCUUCCACCGAUCCUGCCACAGCCAUUGAUCAAGCCAGGCGCGAGAUGUACCUGUCUUCGGCGGAGUUCAGGGAGAAAUUCGGGAUGACGAAGGAGGCUUUUGCCAAGCUGCCAAAGUGGAAGCAGACUAGGCUCAAGAUCACGCUCCAGCUGUUCUAA